AUGGGCGCUAGUGAAGCAAAGGGUGAAAAUUGGCAGAAAGACUCCGAUGUUAGUGGGUGCUGUAAAUGUAAUGUUAGUUUCUCAUUAACAACUCGCCGUCAUCACUGCAGAAAAUGUGGUCUCGUUGUAUGCAGCAAAUGCUCCAGGUACAGAAUUAACCUAUCAUCCCACGACUCGGAUACACCGAAACGAGUGUGUCGUCACUGUUUUCACACGCUACGCAAGAAUGGGGCCGCUGGUUUCGAGACUGGUGUUGGCAGUAGUGCAAGUACAGGUGGUUGGGGGCUUGAUGGCAGCGUAUCACCUACAACAGAAAAAGAAAACACGGCGGAUGACACAAACUUUGAAACUCCCGAUGAUGAAAAAGCACCAGCUGCUGAGGAUUGUGAUAGUAUCAAUUGCUGCUUUGUGGGUGCGGGUUGCGGUGGCUGUUAUGGAGAGGGUGCGGAUGCAUAUUACGACACAGGGACACUGUAUUCGGAUCCGAUAACAGCCCUAUUGGAUGUGGGAGAGAAAACGGCUCUGCAAACAGAGAAGGAGCGUUUACUUCAGCAGUGGACAGAGAUUCGGCAAAACGUUGUUUUCGUUGACAUUCAGCUACAGGAAGUGGAACGGGUAGGUGAGAAUACACCUGUGGGAUACUGUCAGGAAGUCGAGAAUAUUAUGCUCCAGCCAGAGCUACCCGAGCGGCUCCGCACUAUGUUCCCGUUUCCGCGUGGAGGAGAAGGAAAUAUGGAGCUUUUGAUGAAACCACUUGAACCAAUCACAGCACUGACAUGUAAAAGUCAGAAGGAAGUUAGCGAUGCACUCAGGCAAGUGACCGCACAGCUUCAGCUGAGCCGUCUACCGAAUUAUUGA